GAUAUAGUCCGUUUGAUGAUUGAUGGAAAGUUGUGGUCCGUUAGAUUUUGGAGCGGCGAUUACGGCCUCUCGGUACGGUGUGGCGCCGGAACUUUGGGAUAUUCUGUUCCGUCACGGGAGGUCAAAGUCAUGGCGUUCUCUUCCUCUGCAUCGCGAUUAAGACGAGAUUUGAGUCUUGAGAGGAGAAGGAAAAGAGCAGCCGCCGCAGCCGCCGUACAGGAGCAGCGAUUGCCUCAAGGAAAUUACCCUAGCGAUUUGAUGGAGGGGUCAGUAGGAUCAGCGUCGCCGGCGGAUCUGGCCGAGGCCGACCUGGAGGCGGCGGAAAAGCUGAUCUUGCGGUGGGACUCCACGGCAUCUCCGGGAGGGGAGGAGCGGAUGUUGUUCGACACGGGGGAACGCUCUGAAGCAGAGAGGUACCUACGCGCCGUCGACGAGAUCCGACGCUCCAUAAAGGAACCGGUCGGGGCGGGCAGCCCGCGGCGGUCGUCCUCAUCAUCUUCGGAGAACGCGAUCCAGAUCGCGAUGGCGCGGCUCGAGGACGAGUUCCGGAACUUGUUGCUCUCGCGGGCGACCGAGAUUGAGGUCGAAGCGCUCGUCGAUUUGAGCUCGCUCUCGAUGAACUCCGCUUCAGCAGAGGAGAUCGGCGAUCUUUCUGACGUCGAGGGCAGCGUGAAUGCAAGCCAUGAAGGAGAAUCAUUUUCUUCUGAUUCGGUGGGUGGGAGCAGCACUAUCCGCCGGAGUAGCAUCCGGUCGAUGAAAAGUAUCCGGGAGAUGGAUCUGCUGCCGGCGGACGCGGUAGAUGACCUUCGGAGCAUCGCGGAGCGGAUGAUUGACGCCGGGUACGGCCGGGAGUGCGUCCAGGUAUACGCCGGAUCCCGGAAGGCGGCGAUAGACGUCUGCUUCCGGCAUCUAGGUGUGGAGAAGCUUAGCAUCGGAGAAGUCCAGCGUCUCGAGUGGGACGCUCUUGAGGCAAAGAUACGGCGCUGGAUCCGUGCCGCCCGGAUCUGCGUUCGGAUCGUCUUUGCCAGCGAGCGUCGCCUUUGUGAACGCAUCUUUGAUGGCCUUGGGAUCGCUGAUGAUGCCCCUUUCACCGAAACAGUCAAAGGCGCUGCUAUCCAACUGUUUGGAUUCGCCGAAGCCAUCAGCAUCGGCCGUAGGUCGCCGGAGAAGCUCUUCAAGAUUAUCGACCUCCAUGAUACAAUAUCUGAUCUCCUCCCGGAUGUCGGGCUUGUGUUCCAAUCCAAGUCCGCCGAAUCCAUCUAUACCCAAGCCGCCGAGAUCCUCUCCCGGCUCGCGGAGGCUAUUAGGGGAAUCCUUUCUGAGUUUGAGAACGCAGUGCUUCGGGAUCCACCCAAGACUCCGGUCCCUGGCGGUACCAUCCACCCACUAACUCGGUACGUCAUGAAUUACAUCAAUCUCAUCUCUGACUACAAGCUCACUCUCACGGAGCUUAUAAUAACAAGGCCAUCAGCUAGCACCAGAUUAUCUGGUGAUGACUUUGCUGCAGCUGGAGCUGCACCAUUGGAGCUUGAUUUCCCGGAGUCUGAGAACCAAACUCCACUCGGUGCCCACUUGAGUUGGAUCAUAGUUGUUCUGCAACACAAUCUUGAAAACAAGGCCGCUCUAUACAGGGAUAAUGCUCUCUUGCACCUCUUCCUGAUGAACAAUAUCCACUAUAUAGUACACAAGGUGAAGGGCUCAUCAGAGCUUCGUGAGAUGAUUGGCGAUGACUACUUGAGAAAGCUCACGGGGAAGUUCCGAAUUUCUGCAACUAGCUAUCAGAGAGCUACAUGGGUCAAAAUUCUCCACUGUUUGAGAGAUGAGGGUAUUCAUGUCAGCGGUAGCUUCUCAUCGGGAGUCUCCAAGUCCACUUUGAGGGAUAGGUUCAAAGCUUUCAAUGCUUCUUUUGAGGAAGCUCACAAAACUCAAGCCCAUUGGUUUGUGCCAGACACCCAGCUGAGGGAGGAGCUCAGGAUUUCAAUCUCAGAGAAGUUGUUGCCAGCAUACCGGGCCUUUCUUGGGCGUUUCCGGCAACAUAUAGAGAGUGGUAGACACCCGGAAUUGUACAUCAAGUACUCAGUCGAGGAUCUUGAAAUGGCUUUGUCUGAUUUUUUUGAGGGGUGCAAUCCUCUUCAACACAACAGAAGAAGAUCUCACUCAUGAUGUUAUGAUAAGAGACUGGUGAUUGUGGAAGCUGAAAUUCUUUAGAUUCUUAAGAGGGAGACACAUCAUAUUAAGUCUUAGCAGCCCUGCUCAUUGGAAGUAUUCAAGAACGCUGUGUAGUUGGGGAGUCAGAGGUGCAACGCAUCUAAAUAUGAAGAGGAACUUGCUAAUGGAUUUCCCUUAGAGAGAUGCCAGUAACUGUUUCCCUCUGUAAGAAAAUUUGUUUCUUUUUCCAAUUUCAGUAUUUGUUUAGCAUGUUCAUACAGCGUCUACUACUAGUGUCCUUUUGAGAAUCAUCAAAUUUAACAUACGUUAUUGUA